CAGAGGAACGUACAGUACAUGCAGGAGACGCCGUUCUGCAUCAGGGUUGGAUACUUUCUCCUACUCCAUGUCAGAUUCCAACACGACCGACUUCACCAACCCCUCCAAUUUCAUCCUUCUGGGCAUUCCUGGCCUGGAAUGGGCACAUGCCUGGCUCUCCAUCCCAUUCUGUGCCAUAUAUGCCAUAGCCACCUUGGGGAACAUCACCAUUCUAUUUGUCGUGAAGAGGGAACUGAGCCUCCGUGCCCCCGUGUACCAUUUCCUCUGCAUGCUGGCAGUCAGCAACCUGGUCCUGUCUACAUCCAUGCUGCCCAAAAUGCUGACCAUCUUCUGGUUCAAUUCCAGGGAGAUCAAUUUCAGUGCCUGCCUCACCCAGAUGUACUUCAUUCAUGGCUUCUCAGUGAUGGAGUCUGGGAUUCUCGUGGCCAUGGCUUUUGAUCGCUAUGUGGCCAUCUGUGAUCCCCUGAGACAUUCCACCAUCCUGACAAACCCCGUGGUGGCCAAGAUUGGCCUGGCUGUGGUGCUGCGUGGUGGCAUGCUUGGACUGCCCUGUGCCUUGCUGGCGAGGCAGUGGCCAUAUUGCGAAACCAACAUCAUCCCCGAUACAUACUGCACACAUAUAGCCGUGGUGAAGCUGGCUUGCGCUGAUAUCCGCAUCAGUAGUUACUACGGCCUCUUUGUGCUAUUCUGUGUGUUGGGUCUGGAUAUGUUUUUAGUUGCAUUGUCCUAUACCCAGAUCCUCAGGGCCAUCUUCAGCCUCCCCACAAAGGAUGCCCGGAUCAAGACUUUGGGGACCUGCAGCUCCCAUCUCUGUUCCAUCUUAGUCUUUUACAUCCCAGCUGUCUUCUCCUCCCUCACGUACCGGUCUGGCCAGAAUGUGGCCCUGCAUUUCCGUGUUCUCAUUGGCAACUUGAACCUCCUGGUGCCCCCCAUGCUAAACCCCAUCAUCUAUGGGGUGAGGACCAAACAGAUCCGGGACAGGCUGCUCCGGCUCUUUUUUCAUAAAGACAUCUAAAUUUUUCUCCUGGUGCUCUGGCUUUCAGACUGACCUCCAUGCAGAGCUGUGUGGUGAGAUGGU